AGAGACUUGCUUUAUUACCAUGGCUGCUUCAAACGUCUUUUCAGCCCUCUUUCAUACCCCUUUAUCGCGGUAUGGAAGCGGGGCAUGGAAAGUGUCGGCACAGUCGCAGCUAUCAGUCAACUGAUUAUCUACAGCGGCUCUGCAGUCCAGGUCAUCGCCAAGCUUUAUGAAGCGGUUCGAGAGGGCCCAGCCGCCGUCCGAGAAUACGAGUCGAAUAUAAGCCACCUGCUUAACAUCAUCGAACGAAUCCAAGCGGAAGAACCAGCUGCACAGCAGCAGUACCGGCAGCCCGAGCACAUUGCAGCGCUAAUACUUGAGCUUACCGAAAUCGCCCAGUCAGCCCUAUCGUAUAUCUCGCGUACCCAAAAACAAGGUUUCCUUGGAAUCCGCUGGGGGUCAAUCGGGGUCAGUCCUGCGCUGUCCAAAACCUUUAAGACGUUGCGGGUGAAGACCGGAAUCCUACAUCUGGCUCUUUCUCAAGAGAUGCUCGCAAACUCCAAUCGAACCCAGAGCGAAAUCAUUCAUACAAUACAAGAGAAGACAAUGGCAGCCCGAAACUUCGUAAACGGUUCCGGCCGUAGCGGUACUUGCAGGCGGCAGAUCAGGCUCACCUUUGGAGAAGUAGCGCAGUCAUCGAGGGCAGUGGUCGGCACUGGAUGGGGCCAGAAUGGUUCGGAAGAUGCCGACGUGACAGUAAAUGGGCCCAUUAUUGGUGAGGGAGCGAAGGUCAUAGCUUUCACGGCGGAGCAGGCGGACUCAGAGGCUGUUCGAAUAAUGAUGAGAGGCGAAGCCACGGUGAGGGAGAACCACAGCCGGAGUGAAACUCAGUCAAUGCACUCGACGGCCCGCGAGGAGAUCACCGAAAGCGAAACGCAGUCGCCGUAUUUUACAAUCAGAGUUGACGACACCCAAAGCGGAGAACAACCAACAGAUUCAGACGCACGAGAGGGCGACGACCGGAACGAAACGCAAUUCGCUUCUAUUACGGCUAGUGGUGAUGAUAGCGAAGUCGGGGCACAACUGGAAAAUGUAGCCAUACGGGAGGACAAUGGCUGGAACGAACAGAGCCGAGAGCGAGCUGGCGGAAGAGGGAAACAAGGUCAACUUGUUAUGGAGCGUAGUGAGAGGACGGAAACACUGGAAAUCUAUCAGAGAUAUAAUCAAGAGGAUGGAGCUUGAAAUGUUCGGUAAUCUUCUCAAAGGAGAAUGCUGAAUACGCUAGGGAAAUUUGCUCAUGGGCGGCGUUUCAUCUUCUCGAUGCCUGUAUUACUCUUUUUCCUGGGUUCGCUCAUUGCGGGGCACUGGUAAUUUCUCGGGGUAUACUGCUAUCCGAUUGAACAAGACGGAAGGCACUGGUUAGAAAUUGGAGCGUUUACAGGGAAGAUCAUGUGCGUGCGUUGAAGGCCAAAGGCUGGGUAAAACUUUCGUGGGUCCGGAACGAUGAGGGCUCAAUAAUUUGCGUUAGUAACGCACAAGGUGACUAUGUAGUAAUUUUACGGGGUUGUUAAAUU